GUCCGGUUACAGACCCAACCCAAGGCCCUUCCAGGCCAGGCCCUCCUCUACCAGGGGGCAAUUGAUUGCCUGAGGAAGACAGUUGCCAACGAGGGCCUCUUGGGGUUGUACAAAGGAAUGGGGACUCCCAUCCUUGCCAGCAUUCCAGUCACAGCCAUCAUGUUUUUCGGAUACGCCCUGGGAAAGAAACUGCAGCAGAAACAUCCUGAGGAGUCCCUCUCGAGAGUCCAGGUGUUCAGGGCGGGAAUGGUCGCCGGCGGCUUCACCACCUUCAUCCUGGGUCCGGUGGAGAGGAUCAAGUGCCUGCUGCAGAUCCAGGCAAGCUCUGGUGAGAGGUUGUAUACAGGCCCAAGUGACUGCGUUAAGCAACUAUACAAAAGAUCGGGCCUCGUGGGAAUCUACAAGGGCACAGUACUGACUUUUCUCAGAGAUGUGCCAGCGAGCGGAGUUUACUUCCUGAGCUACGAGUGGCUGAAGGAUGUCCUGACCCCCAAAGGUGAAAGCGUGGGAGAGCUGAGCAGUGCGAGGAUCCUGGUCGCUGGAGGAUUGGCCGGAGUUUGCAACUGGAUGGUAGCCAUCCCCACAGAUGUGCUGAAAUCCCGUUUCCAGACCGGUGAGUCAGGGAGGGUGGGGGAAGGGGGGGAACCAUGCCGGCAAGCCCCCUCGGACCCCCGCUCGCUGUGA